UAAACCCAUCUAGCCAGUUCUGUGUCUCUUUUUCCAUCUCAAGCUAAAACAAGAAAGAAAUUGCUAUUUUUUUUUUCAUUUUCGCCAUUACCAAACACUGCCUAAACUCUUCAGCUUUCAGAAAACUAAUUGCUACUCUUUUCCUUCUGUUCAAUUCCUACUCUUUGAUUGUCCUUCAAAGUUAUUGAUCAUGUCUGGUAUUGGAGAGGCUGCUCUAUCUGCUCUCUUUGGGGCGCUGUUUAACAAGUUCAGCUCUUUUGACUUCAAGCUUGCUAGUGAAAAGCAGGUUCACAAGGAGAUUGAGAACUGGGAAUUCACAUUGAAGAAUAUAAAUGCAGUGCUUGCUGAUGCAGAGAACAGACAAAUGAAAGAGCAACAGGUGAAGAUCUGGUUGGCUGACCUCCAAGACUUGGCCUACGACGUGGAUGACAUCUUGGACGAGUUUGCAACUGAUGCUUUGGGACGCAAAUUGAUGAAAAGUAUUGAAUGCCAAGCCAGCACAAGUAAGGUAAAAAAGUGUAUUCCUGCUUUCUGCACUAGUUUACAACCCAAGGCUAUCAUGUUUAACAAUAAGAUGAUGUCCAAGAUAAAACAUGUCUCCAAAAGGUUGAAACAGUUAGAAACAAGAAAGAGUAACUUGCAAUUGAUAAGCAAUAGAGAGCCAAAGACGAUAGAUAUACCGAACAGGCUGCCUAGUACUUCUUUGGUGAAUGAAACUGAAGUAUAUGGUAGAGUAAAAGACAAGGAGACAAUACUAAAUUUGGUUUUGAGGGAUGAUGAUAUUGGUGGUGGAGUUGCAGUGAUUCCCAUUGUUGGAAUGGGAGGAAUUGGCAAGACAACACUUGCUCAGCUUGUUUACAAUGAUUGCAGCAUAAGGGCUCAUUUUGACAUCCAAGCUUGGAUAUGUGUUUCUCAGGAAUUUGAUGUCGUUAAGAUAACAAAAACGAUCCUUCAAUCAAUCACACAUGAGCCAUGUCAUCAGUUGAAUGAUUUGAAUUUGCUUCAAGUCAGCUUGAAGGAAAAACUAUUCAGAAAGAAAUUCUUUAUUGUCUUGGAUGAUAUCUGGAAUGAGAGCUAUGAUGAUUGGACCAAGCUUCGAUCCCCUUUUGAUGCAGGAGCGGUAGGAAGCAAAAUACUUAUAACAACACGUAGUUGCAAUGUUUCAUCAAUUGUGAAAACUGUUUCAGAUUUUUCAUUGCAAAAGUUAUCAGAUGAUGAUUCUCUCUGUAUGUUUGCUCAUCAUGCAUUAGGAGCAAGAGAUUUUAGUGAUCAUCUAGACUUGAAAGAAAUUGGGUUGCAGAUUGUGAGGAAGUGCGGUGGCUUGCCUUUAGCAACUAAAACUAUAGGAGGGCUAUUGCGCAGUACGAUGGAUCAUGAUGCAUGGAAAGACAUACUAGAGAGUGAGAUUUGGAAUUUAUCUGAAGAGAAGAGUGGCAUCAUUCCAGCACUAUGGUUGAGUUACUAUCAUCUUUCUCCACAACUGAAACAAUGCUUUGCUUUUUGCUCUAUAAUCCCCAAAGAUUAUGAAUUUACAGAGCAAGAAAUAAUCCUACUAUGGAUGGCAGAAGGUUUCCUAAAUGAAGCAAACACUGCACAGAUUGAAGAUUUGGGUCGCAAGUACUUUAAAGAACUUGUAUCAAGGUCAUUUUUCCAAGUAUCUAGAAGGAAGAAAUCUCAUUUUGUAAUGCAUGACCUUAUUAAUGAUCUAGCUCAAUCAGUUGCUGGAAAAAUAUGUUUCAGAAUGGAGGGAAAUGAACAAAUGAAAUAUCCAAGACAUGUUCGCCACUCAUCUUAUAUUGCUGGCCAUUCUGAUGGUAUCAAAAGGUUUGAGACCUUUUAUUCAACAACAAGUCUGCGAACCUUCUUGCCAUUUACGCUGAUGUUGGAAGAGACUUACUAUUUAAGUAAUAAUGUUGCUGUUGAUCUGCUGCCGAAGUUGAGACACUUGAGGGCACUCUCUUUGCAAAGGUACCACAUUACAGAAAUUCCGUACUAUUUUGGAAAUCUGAAACAUCUGCGCUAUUUGAAUUUCUCCUAUACUGCAAUUAGAAGUUUACCUGAUUCAUUAUGUGCCCUCCACAAUUUACAGACUCUAUUAUUCAGGUUUUGUGAGCUAAUUGAGAAGUUGCCCUCAGAAAUAGGAAAUUUGGUCAACCUAUAUCAUCUCGAUAUUACUGGUGCAUAUUUAAUAAAGGAAAUGCCGAAUGGAGUCGGUAGGCUGACUAAUCUUCGAGCAUUGUCUAAUUUUAUUGUGGGACGAGGCGAUGGAUUGAAUAUAAGAGAGAUACAAAAUUUAUCAGAACUCAAAGGUCAGCUUUCUAUCUCUGAAUUGCAGAAUAUGGAUGAACCUCAAUAUGCAUGGGAAGCUAAGCUAUCUAGCUUGUUUGGCCUUGAUAAUAUAGAGUUAAAUUGGAGUACAGACUUCAAUGAAAGUACAAGGAAGAAAGAAGUUGAGAGAGAAGUGUUGAACUUGCUUCAGCCUCAUGAAGAGCUUAAAGCACUUGCCAUCAAGUAUUAUGCGGGAAUAGCAUUUCCAAUUUGGAUAGAAAGUCCUUCAUUUAAAUACUUGCAAUCUUUAAAGUUUGAAGAUUGUCGAAAUUGUGGAUUAUUGCCCGCAGUUGGAAAGCUACCACUUUUAAAAGAUCUUUAUAUCAAGGGGAUGCAUAGUGUAGUUAGAGUUGGCAAUGAGUUUUAUGGGGAGAAUUGGCCAAAUGUAUUUCCAUCAUUAGAGACAUUGUGUUUUGAAGAUAUGGCUGAAUGGAAAGAGUGGAAACCUCGUGAAUUUGAUAAAAAAGGUAGAGAAUUCUGUUGCCUCCGACAACUCUUUAUUGAGAAUUGUCCAAAAUUGGUCGGAACUUUACCGGAUUGCCUUCCUUGUUUGGAGAAACUUGUGAUUAAUGAAUGUCCACAAUUGGUAGCUCCAAUUUCAGACCUCCCAAUGCUAUGUGAAUUAGAAAUUGAUGGAUGCAAAGGAUUGGUGCUUCAGAGUUCUAUCGAUCUUUGGUCAGUGAAGAAAAUCAUUCUUUCCAACAUUUCAGCAUUUACAUGUGUAGCAGUGGAAAUGGCAAUAUUAGAAUUGAUGAAAGUAGAAAAUCUCCAUAUUAACGACUGUGGGGAGCUGGCUUCUCUGUGGAAAACAAAGUGGGGGUGGAUGGCGCCUUUGAGAUCUCUUCGUAGUUUGAAGUUUGAAAAUUGUCCACAGGUUGUGUCUAUAGGUGCAGAAAAGGAGGAAAAAGAAGAGCUUCAGCAGUUAAAACUACCAAGCAACAUUGAACAUGUGAGAAUAGAAGAUUGUGCAGGCUUAGAGAAGUUAUCAAAAACCUUGCACAACCUCACAUGUAUUACAGAGUUAGAGAUUGUAAAGUGCCCAAAAUUGGUUUCACUUUCAAUGGAUAACUUGCCUCCAACUCUUAAAACUUUGGUGAUUGGCAGCUGUGAAAAUUUGCAGUGUUUGCUGGAUGACAGAGAGAACAUCAAUUUCAGUGGCACUUCUGUUCUUGAAUCUCUCAGAGUUAGUGAAUGUGAAGCUCUAAAAUCAUUAUCAUCAAGUGGCAAGUUACCUGUGAGGCUCAAAAGGCUGGAUAUUCAUUGGUGUCCGAUGCUAGAAUUUCUAGCACAUGAAAUUGGAGACGGUACUUGUCUAGAAUCAAUUUUCCUCAGGAACUGUAAAAAUAUUAAAUAUUUGCCAGAAGGAAUGGACAAGCUCAGCCGUCUUCAAAUGAUUAGAAUCCAUAAUUGUGGAAAUCUGGUUUGUUUUCCUGAAUGUGGGUUGCCCGUUACCACCAACCUCAAAUCUGUGUGGCUCGUUGGAUGUGGAAAACUCCAAGCUGUGCCUAACCUCUACUCUCUUCGACAUUUGUAUGUAGCAAAUUGUCCAAGGCUGAAAUCCAUGGGAGAAGGAGGUUUGCCAACCAACCUAACAUCACUUACAAUCUAUGAACCUGAUUUUAGUAAGGCAGUGAUGGAGUGGGGAUUGCACAGGCUCACCUUUCUUACACGACUUGACAUUGAUGGUAGUUGCAUAGAUGCAGAGUCAUUUCCACAAGAGGAGAUAGGAAUGAAUAUGAAGCUGCCACCUUCUCUCACCCAUCUUUAUAUUUAUAGUUUCAAAAAUCUAAGAAAGCUGUCCUCCAAUGGUUUUCGGAACCUCACCUCUCUUCAGUCUUUGUGGAUCCACAAUUGCAAAAAGCUCAAAUCCAUACCCAGGAAGGAAAUUCUUCCCUCGCUUUUGCUACUAUUAAUAAGGAAUUGUCCAGUGCUAAAGGAAAGGUGCAAAAGGGAUAAGGGAAAACAAUGGUCCAACAUCGCCCACAUACCUCGUGUAGAGAUUGAUGGUAGAUUCAUACAUGAAUGAUCAACUAGAAGAUUUAAACCUUUUAUGAUUCUAUUGUCUUAUACUUAAAGUGGAGGUAUUUCAAUUUAUUAAGCCACAAAGUUGACUCUUCAGUCAUCAGCAGCAGCACCAGUUCAAACAAUGUCACUAGCAGCGGGGUGAUACUAACAUCAAUGACAACGAUGUUGCUGCCUAUAGAAUCACCAUCAUUUGCGGUCAUGCAGAUUGGAAGGAUACAUACCUAUAGGAACAUGAUCAUACGACCAAUGCGAUCCAGAGGAGGAAAGCUGAAAGUUGAUCAGCGUAUCGAAAAUGCAAGUGAGGAAAAAUCAGAAAAUCUACAUUCCAAUUGUACAUAAAUCAGAUGCAAAGGAGGAAAGUAUGGAGGAGCAGAAGUUGAGAAUUUGCACCAAUGCCAGACUAUUAUUUCUGAUCAGAAGUUUUAUAAUUCAGUUCUGCACUGAGUUUUUCGCCACCACUAUCAGCCGUUGUAUCAACCUCAGAAAUCUUCAAUGGUAGUUGUGUCGCAGGCAUGUUCAUACUGAACGCAUUCAUUUCAUGUCAUUAAGGUAUGUUUUAAUUUCGGCUGUCGAGAAGAUGCUUGUCUGAAUCAUCAGUGAUUGGACUAAAUGGAGUUCUGCAGCUUAAGCUAUCGCGCGAACAAGAUGCUCUGCCAAUGUUUAUUGCUAUUGUUACAUUCUGCCUGUGCACCAUAAGCGUCAACAGUUUUGAAUUACCAUGGAUAUUUUUGUUUUUCUAUUAGACUUUGUGAUUGGCUGGUUGUUUGGAUUUGCAUAUUAAA